GGCUGGUGGAGUAGGACGCGUGAUGAGACCCCGGCACGCGGCGCCCGCCCAUCACUGUAUAGUACGGUUCUGAGGACAUAUUUAUCUAGACUAACGUUCUUCAAAAAACUGGCACGGGCGAUCUGACGGAGUCCUUGGAGUGCGGAGUUGUGAAUGAUUCGAAGGUGAUUCCGGAGCAGAACCGAACUGACCUGGAGCGCCAGCCGCUCGAAGUCGGGACUCUCGGAACUUGGUCCGCUGCCCCUCAGCUCUGCACAAACGCACGUUGUUCACGACGAGUGCCUGGAGUCGCUGUAAUGACUCUGUUGUGUUUCUUUUCAUUCCCGACGGCGGCAGUCAGAUAAGAAAACUUAGUGCGCGAGUCGGAGUUGCAGGGAUUUCGCCACCAAUUGAAUUAGUACUUUUUAUUCAUUGUCUUUGUUGUUAGAAAUAGCAGCUCCUGGACUCAGGCGAUGCGUGCCGUGAUCACUGCCAAGAAGAUAAACGAAUAAAAACAUUACUUUCUCCUCUCCGUUUGUUUAGUAUACAGCUAAUCAAUUAUAACUUCGCGAUGAUUAUAAGUCAACAGUAAUUAAACUCAUUUCAUUUGUACAGCUGAAAUUCGACUUUGUCACUGCGGGGUGGAAAAGAUCCAGAAAAUUUCGGACAGAUGGGGAGUUAAUAUAAAAACAUUACUUAUUAAUAAUGCAGGCAGUGAAAAAUGCGGGAAAGUGUAGCGACCGAUCAUUCAAUAAUAAUAAUAGUAAUAAUAACGACUAGAGAUAUGCUGUAAACUCGCAGUAAGCCCGUGCGCUCGCUAUUGGACGUCGUCGACAGCCGAGAUUCGUCACCUUCUCGCUCUUUCUUUCGAGUCAGCUCUGCCUGCCCUGAGUACAUCAAUGAUCCUGUUGGGGUCCAAUGGAAGAGAAGGCACCCAGCAAGCCCACCAUGGUCUCUAGGCUGCCCAAGUAUGGUGUCCGCUCUGAGGCUGGUUCAGCAUCCCAGCCCCGUGGAUCUGGCCAGCCUACCCCCAGACAUGAGGGGAAGAAUGCCCCACCAAGGAGGCUGAAUGGGAUGGUCCACAUCCCCUGCAUUUCUCUGAAGUGUAAGAAGGAGAGCAGUGGGCACGGAAGCCUGCCCAGUCCCGAAGACGUGACCGCGUUGGCCGAGCUGGUCAACGAAGGCCAGCAGCCAAAAUCGACUACUCCAAGAAUGAUUAAGAAGCCUUCCACACCAAAUACCAUGGUACGAAAGCAUGCUUUGAUGGCACCUGCUGCAAACCCAAAGACAAUCCCCUCACCUUCCAAAGCAGCACCAAGGGUAUCUACUGUACAGUCCCCUGCAUUGAAGCUAAACGGUGUCAAGCCUGGUGCCUGCCUGAUCACCGGAGAGAGCAGCGGUUCGGGUCUGCCAAGACCCCAGACCAGCUCCAGCCGCAGCGAAUCUCAGGGCAGCAUGUUUCACUCGACUGACAGUCUCGGGGCACCUUGCAUGGAGCACAUGGUGCGCUCACAGAGCUUCACCCAUGUUAAGCAAUUACCCUCGCCUACUAGCCUUCCCAUGUCACGCUCCUUCUCUUUCAACAAGGCUGUGGAGCUGGCCAAGCCACUUGCAGACACGCAGCUGCGCAUACAGGUGCCCCUGGUGAAACCCAGUUUUGCAUUCCCUGGGGGGAGAACCCCCGUGUCCAGGAUCGGUGGGGCUUUAACCCCAGCAUCACCUCUCAGCCAACUGAAGAAGCCGCUCCUCCCAGGCUCUGCCAUAGCUAAGCCUUUGGCACUGGGCUGCAGGUUAGCAAGGCCGUCACAUCUCCUUCCGUCACGUCCUCCCCAUGGGGGGAAGGGAGAAGUUGACAUCACAGUAGGAGAGCAGGGCAGAGAUGCUGUAAAGACUUCUGAGGUAACCCCUGUACCCCACAGUGAUGGGCAGAAGACCUUGAUGCUGAAGAGCCAAUUAGAGAAUUCCACCAGUCUUUGCCUAGGUGAGGGCCUGGAGGACAUGUCAUUGUCAUCGUCCUCCUCUCUGGACAAGAACGACACCAGUGAAGAAUUCCUUGAUGACUUUGACAGUCUGGGAGAUGGGGGUGGGACAAUGCUGCUCUCUGCCCACGAGGGAGAACCGCUCCAAUCCCAGCCUGUUACCAAAAACAAUGUUCCUGACAAUCAGUGGCAUGGUGCUGCCACUGAUACGUACGGUUUCCUGUUGGACGGCACAGAUUGGACAGGGGUGAAUGUGACAGGGGAGACAUCUCUGUCUGUGGAUGAGGAGGUCCCUCGCACCUCGUCACUGGAGCUCUCCCCCUCCAACAGCUCAGGAGGUACCUACAUGUGGGACGAGGAAGGUCUGGAGCCCCUUGGCCCGGCCACGCGUGCCUGUGGAAGCUAUGAUUCUGAUAUGAACAGCACGGAAAUCUUAAACAACCUGGAGUCGUGUGACCUGGACGACGACGACCUCAUGCUUGAUGUGGACCUCACUGAGGAUGUCUCUCUGCACAGUGACAUUGACGGGAUGUCCCAGUUCGACCGUGCGGAGAAAGGGAGCAGGCAGGGACAGUGGAGGCGACGCCAGCACCGCUGGACCGGGCAGGAUCGUUUCCAUGAUGACAACAGAGGUGGCAGUUCUCAACCUCUGGAUGGGUAUCCUGCGCCUGGAGUGGGCCGUGUUGGCCAUCACGUGCCUAAAUCAGGCGCUCGACCCGAAGGCAGUCUGGCGGGGCUGGAUGAGGUGACGUUGCGACACAUGGCCCAGGACUGCUCCUCUGUCAAAUCGCAGUUGAUCAAACUGAGGAACCUGCUGCAGAUGGAAGAUGGGGUCAAGAUCCACAAGGCUUUGGCAUCGGAGUUGUUGACUCCAGAAAUCAGUGAGGACCCCGGCUCUGCCCUGCAGGCAGAGAAACUGAUGAGGGAGGUGCAGGAGCUGCGGGAGGAGCUGAGGAGUAAAGAGAGAACCAUUGCUCAGCUGACGCAGCAGCUGUCUGCCCACGCGCAUACGCCGAGGUGUCAGUGCCAGCAGAGGGCGCCAGCCGGCCGAGGGGAAAGACGCUCGCACCACGAUAAGGCCACGCAGACGCCCUGGAGGGGACAGUCUAUCUGGUGUCACGCCCACGCCAUUGAGCCAAGCGACCGCACCUGCCCCACAUCAGACCUGCCAGGUGAAAAAGAGUGCCGUCAACUCACCGGGUUGCGGAAUCUUACAGAACCCACCCUCUUGGCUUGUGAUUCAGCACGACUUCUUCCUCCUCUACACUCCUUGUCCCUCAUUCUUGGAUUUCCUGGCUUCUGACCUCCUGCCCAUACACUCAGUUUUGAUAGUUCGCUAGCCCCUUGAAUAGACAUCCGUGCCUUGGAAGACCCACGCCCACCCACGACCUCGAUUCCUGUCUGUCCCCGCGACCCGAAAUGAACUAACCCACAUUUGUGUCCAAAUCUUACUUCCUAUCUCCCCUCUGCAUCUGUGACAUCUGGUACCCCGGACCUUCUCAGGUCACAUCAGGAUUCUUACAGGAAAAAAGACUUAAAACUGAUGUGUUCUCUUAAAAAGGCAGCACAGCUCCUGGCAUAGAUUUAAAUGUGCAAUGACUGAUAAGUACCUGGCACUAUUGAGUGAGUGGUCCAGCGACUAACAGUGAGUGGAUGGUGUGGUGAUCAAGGCCUGUCCAGAAUUAUUUGACUACAUGGUGUAGUAGCAAAAGCUUACCCAACUCCACUGAAUAGGGUGAAAAACCUUGAUAAUUUAAGCUCCUAUGUAGAGAGAAGAGACUCAAACUAAAAAAAUGAGAGAUGAAACUAAUGACUAAAGCCAACCUGGCUAAUGUCUUUGUGGCACCUUUACUGAAACAAUUAUAUUUAAGCUACAAUUAAACUUGUGGCUGAUAUUGUACUCAGAAGUAUUCAGUGGAAGAAGUACUUCACAUUAUAGCACAUUUUGCUGUCACAAAAGGGUCUGUUUAUUUUAAUAAGGACAGGGAUUUAAUAGAGAUAAAUGCUUUUUUGGCUGGAAAAACCUUCCAUUACAGAAACUUAAAAUCAAAUGGAAAAUAGCACACUGAUCUGUGAGUUAUUUUAAGACUUAACCCAUUUCAGUACAGCACUGUGCUAAGCGUAUGGAUCCAUGCUGUGAUCUUGUUUACCUGUGGCAGUUCUAAAAUGUUCCCACAGAGUAGAUAGCACAGUAAAUGAAAUUUAUAUUUUACACUGGCAAGUUUGGAGGUUGGAUUUCUCUGGACAGUUUCCAUUGAAACUGUUGUAUUUCAUAUAAUGACAAUAAAGUGUCAUCUCA